AUGGGCGAGGUGACGGCAGAGGAAGUAGAGAAGUUUCUGGACUCGAAUGUCAGCUUUGCCAAACAGUACUACAACCUGCGCUACCGGGCCAAGGUCAUCUCAGACCUCCUGGGACCCAGGGAGGCGGCCGUGGACUUCAGCAACUACCACCCUCUGAGCAGCGUGGAAGAGAGUGAAAUUAUCUUCGACCUCCUGCGGGACUUUCAGGACAACCUGCAGGCCGAGAAGUGCAUCUUCAACGUCAUGAAGAAGCUGUGCUUCCUGCUGCAGGCCGACCGCAUGAGCCUAUUCAUGUACAGGGCCCGGAACGGCAUCGCGGAGCUGGCCACCCGGCUCUUCAACGUCCACAAGGAUGCUGUGCUCGAGGAGUGCCUGGUGGCGCCUGACUCGGAGAUCGUCUUCCCCCUGGACAUGGGAGUGGUGGGCCAUGUUGCGCUCUCUAAAAAGAUCGUCAACGUCCCCAACACAGAGGAGGAUGAGCAUUUCUGUGACUUCGUGGACACCCUCACAGAGUACCAGACUAAGAACAUCUUGGCUUCUCCCAUAAUGAAUGGGAAGGACGUGGUGGCCAUAAUCAUGGCUGUGAAUAAAGUGGAUGGGCCCCACUUCACCAAGAAUGAUGAAGAGAUUCUUCUCAAGUACCUCAACUUUGCAAAUCUAAUCAUGAAGGUGUUCCACCUGAGUUACCUGCACAACUGUGAGACUCGGCGUGGCCAGAUACUGCUGUGGUCUGGGAGCAAAGUCUUUGAAGAGCUUACAGACAUUGAGAGGCAGUUCCACAAAGCCCUGUACACAGUCCGCGCCUUCCUCAACUGUGACAGAUACUCUGUGGGGCUCUUAGACAUGACCAAACAGAAGGAAUUUUUUGACGUGUGGCCAGUCCUGAUGGGUGAGGCUCCACCCUACGCUGGUCCCAGGACUCCGGAUGGAAGGGAAAUCAACUUUUACAAGGUAAUUGACUACAUCCUGCAUGGCAAAGAAGACAUCAAAGUCAUCCCGAAUCCACCUCCAGACCACUGGGCUUUAGUGAGCGGUCUCCCCACUUAUGUUGCCCAAAAUGGCCUGAUUUGCAACAUCAUGAACGCACCUGCAGAGGACUUUUUUGCAUUCCAGAAAGAGCCUCUGGAUGAGUCUGGAUGGAUGAUUAAAAAUGUUCUUUCUAUGCCAAUUGUGAACAAGAAGGAAGAAAUUGUUGGGGUGGCCACGUUUUACAAUCGCAAAGACGGGAAACCCUUUGAUGAAAUGGAUGAGACCCUCAUGGAGUCUUUGGCUCAGUUCCUGGGCUGGUCUGUCUUAAAUCCUGACACUUACGAGUCGAUGAACAAACUUGAAAACAGGAAGGAUAUUUUCCAAGACAUGGUGAAAUACCACGUGAAGUGUGACAAUGAAGAAAUCCAGACAAUCUUGAAAACCAGAGAGGUGUAUGGGAAGGAGCCGUGGGAAUGUGAGGAAGAAGAAUUGGCUGAGAUCCUGCAAGGAGAGCUGCCAGAUGCAGACAAAUAUGAAAUCAAUAAAUUCCACUUCAGCGACCUGCCCCUGACGGAACUGGAGCUGGUGAAAUGUGGAAUACAGAUGUACUAUGAGCUCAAAGUGGUGGAUAAAUUUCACAUUCCUCAAGAGGCCCUGGUGCGGUUCAUGUACUCCCUGAGUAAGGGCUACCGCAGGAUCACCUACCACAACUGGCGGCACGGCUUCAACGUGGGGCAGACCAUGUUCUCGCUGCUGGUGACCGGAAAGCUGAAGCGAUACUUCACAGACCUGGAGGCCUUGGCCAUGGUUACUGCUGCCUUCUGCCACGACAUUGACCACAGAGGCACUAACAAUCUCUACCAGAUGAAAUCCCAGAACCCACUGGCCAAGCUCCAUGGGUCCUCCAUCCUGGAAAGACACCACUUGGAGUUUGGUAAAACACUGUUGAGAGAUGAGAGCCUAAAUAUCUUUCAGAACCUCAAUCGCAGGCAGCAUGAGCAUGCAAUCCACAUGAUGGACAUCGCAAUCAUUGCUACAGACCUUGCUUUGUAUUUCAAGAAAAGGACGAUGUUCCAAAAGAUCGUGGAUCAGUCUAAGACAUACGAGACUCAACAGGAGUGGACGCAGUACAUGAUGCUGGAUCAGACACGGAAGGAAAUCGUUAUGGCCAUGAUGAUGACCGCCUGUGAUCUCUCAGCCAUCACCAAGCCUUGGGAGGUGCAGAGCAAGGUGGCUCUGCUGGUUGCUGCUGAAUUCUGGGAACAAGGUGACCUGGAGCGCACGGUGCUGCAACAGAAUCCCAUUCCCAUGAUGGACAGAAACAAGGCAGAUGAACUCCCUAAGCUUCAGGUCGGCUUCAUCGACUUUGUUUGCACCUUUGUCUACAAGGAAUUCUCCCGUUUCCACGAGGAGAUCACUCCCAUGCUGGAUGGGAUCACCAACAACCGCAAGGAGUGGAAAGCGCUCGCCGAUGAGUACGAGACCAAGAUGAAGGAGCUGGAGGGGGAGAAGCAGAAACAGCAGGCAGCCAACCAAGCAGCCGCAGGAAGUCAGCCCGGCGGAAAGCAACCUGGGGGCGGGCCUGCAUCCAAGUCUUGCUGUGUCCAAUAG